AUGUUCCUUCGAGUGUUCUCGAUUUUGUUGCUCAGUGCUGUGACCUUGAGCGGGGCCCAGUUUCGGUGCCCUGAGUCCAAGGGUUUCUUCCCGGACCUGGAACAGUGCGAUCUCUACUACGCCUGCGUAGACGGUAAAGCGGAAGAGAAGCUGUGUAAGGAUGGUCUCGUAUUCAGGGAUGACAACCCUAAGAAGGAGCUAUGUGAUAUUCCAGCGAAUGUGCCUUGUGGCGAUAGGAAUCUGCUUCAGGAACCCCAGCCGAGCAAAGGGUGCCCACGCGCUAAUGGAUACUUCAAGCACGAGGAUCCAACCGCCUGCGAUCGUUUCGUGAACUGCAUCGAUGGCGUAGCGCAGAUAAUGCCCUGUCCACCUGGUUUGAUCUACGAGGAUAAAAUGUCCAGCUGCGUUUGGCCCGCGGAUGCCAGCAGGUUGUGCGAGAACGUGAAGAGGGACGUCCUCGACGAUGGCUUCGUCUGUCCCGAUGGCGACGUGCCCGGGCCCCUGGGCAGGAUCCUGCCUCACCCUACCUACCCCCAUCCGGAGGACUGUGCCAAGUUCUACAUCUGCAAGAACGGCGUGGUGCCGCAGAAAGGACAGUGCGAACCAGGCACCGUUUACAGCGAGGACAGCUUCAAGUGUAUGGAUCCAGAGAACGUGCCUGGGUGCGAGGACUACUACAAGAACAAGAAUUGAACAAGACAAGGUGCCAGUUACUCAGCGAUACGUCUGUAACGCUUAAUUUUUUACACUUAGGAACAAUA